AUGGCUCGCGAGUUACUGAGCAGCGACGCUUCUGAUAGUGAGGAUGGGGGCGCUAUUGUUGUCAACGAUCACUUGAAGGUGAAUGAAUCCUUCGCCCGGCGAUUUGAGCAUAACAAGAAACGAGAAGAGUUGCAGAAGCUGCAAGAUAAACUUGGAAGUACUUCACGGAAGCGCAAGAGAGACGGUCAAAACUCCGACACCGAAAGUUCAUCUGAGGAAUCAACCAGCGAGUCUGACGAUGAAGGCGAGUUGGCUACAGAAAAUGUUGACGCUGAGAUCAUGGCCACCAUAAAUGCAAUUCGAUCCAAAGACCCUCGGGUCUACGAUGCCACUUCCAAAUUCUACACAGACACUGAGGCUGCUGAUCAAAGCCAAGCGAAGCCAACCAAGGAAAAGCCUAUGCGUCUUCAAGACUACCACCGCCAGAACCUUCUCAAUGGCGGCACGACUGAAGAGGAAGAGACAGAGAACAUACCAUUGACCUACAAUCAGGAGCAAGAACGGCUGAAAAAGUCUAUAGUUGGCGAGAUUCAUGCAGCAGCUCAUGGCUCAGAUGAAGAGGAUGACGAGGAAUCGGAGGAUUCUGAUGCGGACUUCCUGAUUGCAAAACCUGUGGAAAGACCAUCCAAGGUCGAAGUCACGCUGGACGUGGAUAACGCCGACAAAGACCCCGAAACAUUUCUAUCGAACUUUAUGGUUUCCCGCGCGUGGGCUGCGCCUACAGGGGACACUCUGCAUCCCUUUGAGUCAGAUGACGAUGAGGAAGAACGUCGAGCAGACGAAUUCGAGGAAGCUUACAACCUCAGAUUCGAAGAUCCUGCAAAAUCCAACGAGAAGCUUCGAUCGCAUGCAAGAGAUAUGGCUGCAAAGUAUUCUGUCCGACGAGAAGAGCAGAAUCCCAGACAGAAGAAGCGAGAAUCUGAGAAAGAGAAAAAGGAGGCAGAGAAGCAACAGCGCAAAGAGGACAAAGCACGUUUAAGAAAACUCAAGAUCGAAGAAUUGGAAGAAAAAGUCCGCCAUAUCAAACGAGCUGCUGGCAUAAGUACUGCAGACAUUCUGCCUGAAGAUUGGUCCCGAUUCGUCAAUGACGAAUGGGACGAUGAGCAAUGGGAUGCAGAAAUGCAAAAACGGUUCGGGGACAAGUAUUACGCGGAAGAAGAUGUUGCGAGUGGCGAUGAAGCAAGUAAGGGAAAGUACAAACUUCGAAAGCCAAAGUUCGAGGAUGACAUUGACAUCAAAGAUAUUGUGCCUGAUUUCGAUGAUGAAAAGAACGAUGACUUCAGCCUCUCCAACGAAGAGCAAGAGCCUGUGUCAAAACGGAAACAGGCCAAAAAGGCAAAGGAGGAGAGGAAGCAGGAUUCGAAGAAAGAGAGGAGAAUAAUCGAACAACUUGUUGAUGACCAACUGCAGCUCGAAUUGAACAAUAGCUUGCCAGAAAGCUCCAAGUCGGCGAGAUUUCGAUAUCGAGAGACAUCACCAAAAAGCUUCGGCUUGAGCUCGAGGGAUAUACUCUUGGCCGACGACAAACAACUCAAUGAAUUUGUUGGACUGAAGAAGCUUGCUUCGUUUCGUGACGCAGAGAAGAAACGUAAGGAUCUGAAGCAUUUAGGGAAGAAGGCCAGGCUGCGGAAGUGGCGAUUGGAGACAUUUGGGAAUGAAGAGGGUGUGCAAGCAAGUGAGCUGAUUCCAAAGGAGGAAGUGAACAUUCAAGACAACCAGGAUGAUGGGGAGGGCGAUGUGGAUAUCAGAGCUGGAGGCAGCAGGAAGAAGCGGAGAAGGAAGAGCAAGAAACCGAAGGAUGCUGGUUCGGCAGAAUCAUGA